AUGACUUCUUUAAUUCCUGUAUCAGUAUUUAACAGAUUACCGUUAUCCACUAUUCCUCCAUCAAUUCAAUCAUUAUGUCAAAUGACUAUACUUGUUGUUUUUAUACCAUUCAUAAUUACUAUAUCAGUCUGUCUUUCAUUAUGUGAUAUUGUAACUGGAAUUUAUGGUAAAAACAAUAAUCCACCUAAUGCUAACGCUAAGGUUAUUCUGAUAACCGGAGCAAGUUCUGGAAUUGGUGCUGCUAUCGCGCUAGAGUAUGCAAAGCCUGGUGUAACUCUAGGGCUUCUAGGACGUAAUGAAGAACGGUUAAAUCAAAUAUUCCAACGAUGCAAAGACAAGGGUGCAGAAUGUGUGAUGUUAAAAGUAGAUAUUUCAAACACGAUGGCUUUAAUUAAGAUGCUAGAAUAUUUCGACGAUAAGCAUCCAAUAGAUCUUUUAUUCGCUAAUGCUGCUCAAGUUGGAGUUACUCGAGAUGAUAGCGAUACUGUAGAAUGGGAAGAUGCAUGGAAACGAUUCAUUGAAGUUAAUUAUAUGGGCAAUAUUUGUACCGUAAUGACAGUUUACAAAAGGAUGAAAGAACGAAAUUUCGGUCAAAUUGCGAUCAUUUCUUCAGCUGUUGGUUUCUUCGGACCGCCAAAUAUGUGUUGGUACAAUUCUACAAAAUGUGCACUUAAUUCAUUCGCACGAGACUUAAGAUACAUCGUUGAACCAUAUAAUAUUCGUGUCUCUCUUGUCACACCUGGUAUAAUUGCCUCAAACAUGACUACGAACCCCGACCAACCUGUACCUUUUACGAACUCCAGUCUUGCAAAUCCUAAUGAGUUAGCGAAAGUUAUCAAAAAACAAUUAGAAUCCAAUGUUUUCUGUAUCGCUUGGCCGUUUUUUCAAGUGUUGUUAGCUUGGUUAGGAUCAACCUUCCCACCUAGGGUUUCGUUAAUGGUUUCGUGGGCGUUCGGAAAAUUAUUUCAAAUACGUGCAAAUGAUCUAGCAUUAACUUGA